UACCUUCUUGCAGUAUCGCCGAAUCGAAAGUGAAUGUGAAAUUCGAUUGUUCUAUGGAAAAAGUUAAGAAUUAAUUCGGGAGUUUUCCGCCUGGAUCCGCUGGCGCCUUUCAAAGAGGAAGUAGCUGAUGAAAUUAUUCUCAGUAUCAUAUGCUAACGGCUGAUGCAAUCUGCCCAAGCAAUACACUAUUGACACUGAAACUCUACAUAUAAAUUUCAUUUCAAUUCCCAAUUAGUAAGAUCUCCUAUUUUAUUUCCCUUAUCUCCCUAUUAGAUAUCAAAGCUUCAUUUCUUAUUUUUUAAUUAGAAUUCUGUCAAGAGACGUGUCUUUUUUUAAUCUCUAGAAGAGUUUAGAGGUAAGAUAUAAGGUAUUCAGAUACGUAUAUACAGGUGCGUUAUUUACUAUUUACAUUUGCAAUAAGGGUAAAGUAAGAAACGUUACUUUUGACAAAAGGAAGAAGAAAAAUAGAUAACAGACGAAGUGACAAUAAUCUUUUACGAUAAGAAACAAUUUCAUUCUAAAACCUGCUUUUAAGUGUUCCCACGAAACAGAUAAAAACGGCGAUUUAUAUCUACAUUUAAAAUUCUACUAACUUUUCAAGAUACGAAUCUGACAUGCUCGUUUUUUACGCGGUCGUUUCAGCCUUGUGUUUCUUUUCGGAAUGUUACCAACUGCAAAACGAUUCUCCAACCUGCAGAAAUCUUAACAGAUAUACUGUGAAAUGUUCUGGAAUAGAUAAUCCUGACAAUCUAAAAAAAAAUUAUCACAAAAUAUUAAAGAGUUGGUUUUCUUCUAAAACUGAGGAUAUCGAAGAGUUUCAAAUAACAAUGUCUCACUUUUCGUACAUUCCUCAUGAUUUGUUGAAAGGUCAUGACAAUAUAAAAUUGAUAGAGAUAAGAAACACUACUUUAAUGUCUCUGAGUGAUACAGACAUGGCCUUCGUUGGGGCAGAAAAAGGAGUCCGGAGGUUUGAAAUGUGGUAUUGUGUCUUGUUUGGGAAUUUCGAUUGGUACAAACUACGAAACAUGACGCAUCUACAAGAAAUUGUGAUGAUAGAUAUUGGUUUAAAAUACAUUGAUAUUGAUGCGAAUUUUCCCCAUUCGUUUAAUUUAAAGCAGUUAUUUUUAGAAUACAACAACAUUUCAUACAUAAGUGAUCAAGGAUUUUCCAAAUUUGUUAAUCUUGAAAAUUUACAAUUAAGGGACAACAAUAUAUCGAAGUUGAAGAGAAGCAUGUUUCCGAGCUUACUCUCAAGGAUUGAUUUGAAUAGCAACAAAAUUUCAUCCCUCCCUUCUGAUCUUUUCUCAAACAUGCCAAAUCUGGUAGUUCUUAAUUUAAAGAAAAAUGGUUUUCAAACUCUUGACCAGACACUGUUUGCACCCAUCUGGAAGAACAUAGGUAGCUUUACUAUAGAAGGUAAUCCAUUGAGAUGUGAUUGUAGAAUAAAGUGGAUACUCCAUCAUCCUUUUCCGAAGUAUAUUUAUGGGAAAUGCAUGGAACCAAAUGAAUUGAAGGGAAGAUUACUGCAUUCUUUAGAACACUUAGAACUAUUAUGCUUCUGAAAACAUGACUCUAAGUUCUAAGUUUGUUUAUUUGGAUCUAAUUAUAUUUUCUAGGAGAAUAAAAGGUUAAUAG